CAUUGUGACAAUAGAAAACCGGUCUAGUGGAAUUUCGGUCGUCAAUAAGUGGAGUUUAGUUAUUUGUUCGAUACACGUUUUGUACUAGUGUGUUAGCCGGUGUUAUGUGUGUGUUUUAGUGUCAAUUUGUUGCGUUUGGUAGGAAACGUAGUGGCUGGAAAAGGAAUGCAUUUUAUUUAUUAUUAUAACUGAAGGAUUUAACGAAUCACGUGUGAAAAAAGAAAAAAAUAGAUGCACAUUCUUGAGGUAUAGACACGUCGAGUAUCUUAUCUGACCGUUGAGAAUUCAGGAAGUGGCCCGUCACCAUGGCGACCAUGGCGGAAACGGAGUCAAUAGAGCGCGGAUUCCAGCGGCUGGCGUCCAUCUUCAAGCCGCCGGUACUCGACUCCCACAAGUGCGUCCGAUGCAAGGACGCCGUUUACCACGCGGAGAAAAUUGGCCCCGUUUUGCAGGGCAUGUAUCACAAGCACUGCUUCCGGUGCGUCGCUUGCGACCAGCAUUUGACCAUGAAAAACUACUUCACUAGUCAAGUAGAUCCCAACGACCGCGAAGUCUACUGCGCGAACCACUACCCGCGCGUCGGCGCCGCGCGCUACGGCCAGAGCGCCAUCGGCAUCAGCGGCCCGGUGCGUGCUCAGGAAAACUACCGGAAGAUGUCGAAGAAGCUCGAUCAGCAGGUGCGAAAGCCGGGAACAGUGCGAAUACCUUCGUAUGACGCGAACGCUAUCGCGAUCAAGCGUAUUCUGACGUCACCGAAAGCGGCGGAGUACACCGCCGCCGUGAACGAGCAAGCGCAGGUCAGCCUCCCACCGGACGCCAUGGGGAUAAAGCAGCCCCUGGCGGCGCAGCGACUUCAGAUGAACGUAAAAGCACCACAGCCGGGCCACAUGUACCAACCAAAGUACAAGAAGAAGCUCGCGGAGGCGCAAGUUCAACUCGAGGUGGUGCACCGGAAAGAGGAGGAUGAGCUGCUCCGGAACUUCCAGAUGGAGCGAGAGCGCGAGAAGCAGAAGCUGGCAGACGAGAUGAACAAGGAGUGGGAGGUGAAACUGAAAGAGCUAACGGACCUGUUUGAGAAGGACAUGGCCAAGAAGAAGAAAAAGAUCGACGAUAGGGAGAAAAAGAUGAUGACGGUGCAGUUCGAGCACCAGAAGAAGGAGCUGGAGAAGUCGCUACGCGUGAAGACCGACAAAAAGAAGGAGACGAUGACGAUGCGCCUGAAGCAGAAAGAGCAGAAUUUGACGUCACACAUGGUGACCAAGCAGAGCGAGCAGAUGCUCGACCUGCUGGCGAAAAAGAAAGAAGACCUCCGAAAGGAGCUCGAGCAGGAACUCGAGGCACAGCCCGCAAUAAUGGUCGACCCUCAGAACGAGGAGGUUGUCAAGGAGAUCAUCGAGACGAUGGAGGUUCUCGAACAGACAAAGAAAACAGAACUUCCGGCUCCCCAUCCGCCUGCGUGCCGGAAGAACGAGAUCUACACCGACCCCAACGUUUUUGACGCCCUAGAUGAAAAAGUCAUCCAGGUAGCACAAGAUGAACAGAUGACGUACACUGACCUUGUUUCUCAACUCACGGACGGUCUUCUAACCGAUUUAGAGAAAGUCAGGGCGAUUUUCCGCUGGAUUACCGUGAAAGAUCUUAACGUGAUGGAUUUUAACGACACCAUGGACACGGACACGCCCCUGGGGCUGCUCAGGGGCAUCAAAUACGGCACCGAGACGUACCACGUGCUGUUCAUGCGACUCUGCAGCUACGCCGGCCUACACUGCGUGGAGAUCAAGGGCCACUCUAAGAGUGUGGGCUACGAGCCGGGCAUGAAGAUCCAACCCGAGAUGUUCCAGAACACGUGGAAUGCUGUACUCAUUGACGGCGACUGGCGCCCUGUGCAGUGCAACUGGGGCGCGAGACAUUUGGUACUCAACAAAGACCGGAAGCGAGGUUCGCCAGGCGACAAGCAGGCCGCGGAAAACGGGGUGAAGGACGGGGAAAAGAACGGUGGCGGGAAGGACGACAAAGCCUCAAAGUCCAAAGACAAGAUCCGGUACCAGUACGACGAACACUACUUUUUGACCGACCCCGACGAGUUUAUUCAAGAGUUCUGGCCGAAGGAAUCCAAGUGGCAGCUCCUAGAGGCGCCCAUCACGCUCGAGGAGUUCGAGGCACUUCCGUUCGUGCGCUCCGUGUUCUUCCAUUUCGGCAUGCAGUUCGACCGCACCAUGCCGGCGGUGAUUGAAACGAACGAGCGCGGCGGCGCGGAUAUCCGAAUCCGGAUCCCCGAGCAGCAUGAAAAUGAUUUAGUUUUCUAUUACCAGCUGCGCUUCGCCGAUACAGAGCGGAUGUUAGAGGCGACGUACCGCGGCGCGAAUCUCGAGCGCUUCGUGUUCCAGACGACGCUCGAUAACAUGGCGAUGUUCAGCAUUCACGUACCGACGACGGGCGAGUACUAUUUCGAGAUAUUCGCGAAUAAGAUCGACGAGACGAAUAAAAUCGGUGCUAUGGACGACACCAUUUCACCGUUCAGACUAAAGUGCUCAUGCAAAUUCAAAAUCCGCUGUAAGACGCUGAAAGGCAAGAUGCACCCGCUUCCUGAUUGCGCCGCCGGCGAAUGGGGCCCCAAGAAGGCCAAUCGCCAUUUUGGAUUGCACGCGAUUUACACGGACCAUUCAGACACAUCGUCUGACACCGGAAGUACCAAUAGCAACGACUCCCCAGAUAAUCCCAAGGCCGGGAUCCUGAACGUCGAAGACUCCACCACGCUGAAAUUCCGCAUGCCCAUGCCGCUGCAAUUCGUCGUGAAACUGAAAAUUAACAACAUCGAGCAGAAAGCUCUCGAUCCAUUCGUGUACCAUACGGUCGAAAACAACGUCGUAUCUAUUACGGCCACUAUGCCGCAGCUAGGCCAAUACGGUCUCGAUAUUUAUGCAAAACUGCGGAGUUCGGAAUCGAAGACGCUGUCGCACGCUUGCAAAUACCUUCUGAACGCCGUGAAAGUAUCGAAUCCGGUCGAACUACCGAAAACCAAUCGGUCCUUCGCUCGUAGGGGAACUAUCGGCCCGGCACCGUCUUUCGACGAAAUGGGAAUCCGGCUAAAGUCGCAUCUUGAUCCGCAAAUAACGAUGGAGGAGCGAGACAACGAGACAAAAAUCGAGCUAGAAGUUCCAGAAGAUAUAGAAGUGACCGCGCAGUUAAUGCGCGAACCGGACGAAGAGUGUAACGAUAAUUUUAAAACAAUUCGCGACGAAAAGGAUCGCCGCACGGUGAAAUUUCACUUAAAACUCGCCAAGCACGGGAACUAUUUGUUCUGUAUCUACGCGCGCAGAACGCGCGGUGGUGAUUCGACCACCCCGAACGUUUUUAAUUACGUCAUUGCGCACAAGAAACGAAACCCGCUGUUUAACACGCAGCACAGCAACGGGGGCGAUCCCCAGGCGGUGAUGUUUGAAGAAAAGAAAAGUAGUGGGGGCCUUUUAAGAAAAUCGAUUUUUGGAAGCAAAAAGGAGAAGGAAAAAGACAAAAAGAAGUGAAAACAAAAUCCAAAUUAAAGAAUUAAUUGGGUCCGUUUGAUAUUAUAUUUAAACAAUAAUUAUUAACAUUGUUAAUUAUUUUAUACAGAGCUUAUGGUGCAGUUUUUGAUCAAAUAGUGGGACUAUUAUGUAUGAGGGAUAUUAUGUUAACUACGACAGUUCACUCGUGGUCCUUUUUUCAAAGUUUGUUCAACAAAUUGAUUCUGUUUACAUAUAAUGUUUUGAUUUGGACUAUUCUUGGGUACUUACGGAUAUUUAUGUUGAUCAGGAUCCUGUUUCCGAUUGGACCGUUUUGACUUUUACUUUUAAAGCUGAACGUGACAUAUUACAUAUUAUCAUCUUUGUUGUUUGUUCAUGCGUGUUUGUAAAACUCUGUACAUUUCAUAACACAUAUUUCUUUAAAGUUACUUUAACCUGAAAACAGUAAUUUAUAACCCUUAACAUUUGAUGAACCAAGCAAAUAAUGUUUUCCUCUUAACUAUUCAUUACCCGUGUCCAAAUUGUAUGUGCUUUCAUUUAUUUGUGUUACUUUAUAAUGAAAUAUAAGUGGAUAAUCUCAAAUAUACUAUUUGUAUCAUUCAAUAUUUCUCAAAUAGUUAUUUUAUUAUAUAUAUAACAACUAUUUCUUUUUAAAUUCGGUGAACUUCUUUGGCUUCGAAAUGUAUUAAAAUCUUAAAACAAAAGAAAUUACCGUAAUCGAAUUGUCUUUUUGCGAAGACAAGACAUUCCAAAAUCUCAUAUAUUUCGCUCAUUUAUUUCAAUUUUAGAAAUAUUCCGCUAUCAUUUAUAAUAUUUCGCCACAUUAACAUUUGAUAAUUACCGGUAAUUGUCCGAAUUCCAUUUUGAACACGACGUUCAUUUGUAUAUUUAUAAAUAAUGUAUAUAGGUCUAUAUGUUUCAAUUAUUAUUAUCGUUAUGAAUACCAUCUUCCUUUUAUUUAUUCGAAUAAUCUAUAUUUCCACGUUCAUAACAAAGUUUUCCCGGCGAGGGCAAAGUUUGACAUCUUAAAUAAAAAUAUUCGUAUAUUCCUUUCACGGAGUUUCGAAGUUAUCCGUACAUGUUUUCGCGUUGAAUAUAUACAUUUAUGCGUACAUUAACCAGGUUUUCCGAUAAGCCAUUGUGUUCAAACAACAAAGUUCACUGUGUGCUAAACGUGUUUUGUCUCUCUCCUCUCUUAUGUUGAAUACCUCUCUUUAUUAACAAUAAACGAUGCUCCUGUUGAAACGUUCAGUGGUCGAGACGAAAUUGUGUCAUACAUCUGAACCGCGUUGCGGAUAAACGGGGCUUAUUGCAUUUGCGGAACGCGUCGUCACAGAUUAGCCUGUGAAGUCCACAAUCUAUGCGGACUGCACAGGCUUAUCUUGGACGUAACUUUGUGCAUGAAUUAAGCCCCGCUUUCCUUAAAACGAGGCUCAAAGAUAAUACUACUGCCGUAAGAAGGGUAGCAAUCACUGCCCCAUUCUCAGUUGGGAUGAACGCAUACAAAUAAAUAAGAAAUCGAAUAUGUUGUGCGAGGUUAUGAUUACCAACCCUGAAUUUAUGUCGAGAUGAUUUUAAUAUCAUGAUUCCUUUGCCUAAUGAAAAAUCAUUUUACGACAGUUUACUCAAUGAUGAUUAUUGCGGUUUAUGUCAUAUACCGAUAUAAUGUAAAAUGACGCUAAAGUUUUUCUUAAACAAUAUUGAAUGAGUAGCUAUAUAUAUUAUAUUCUGCUUAUUUACUUGUAUUGUUAUGUUUUGUUACUGAAAUGUUUAUCUAAUUUGCAGUAUGUCUUACUUUUGUUUCGUAUGAGUUUGUAUGUUUAUGUUAUUGAUCGCGUGUGCUAUUGUAAAUGUUAGUUGCAUAAAGCUUUGUGCGUUAAAUAGAGGAGUAUGCCAAUAUUAACCCAUUUAUGCCUAGCAUCUAGAAAAAAGGCCUUGGCAAACAGCGUAGACCCAGAUGAGACGCCGCAUGAUUCGGCGUCUCAUCAGGGUUUGCGCUGUUUGCAUAAAGGAAUUUCUGUAAGAAAUGUUCUAAAUAUAGAAAUAAAGUACUAGACAUCCCUAAUUUAGGAAAUAAAUUGAUCCAAUUUAUAAGGAUGGGAGAGUCCACUAGGCUUAAAUGGGUUAAAUAGAGGAGCAAAUAGCCAUGCCAAUAUUAAAGAGUCCUGUUUCACUAUUGAACGGAUAUACUCGUAGUUCUUGAUAACUUACUCACGAAUUUAAGUGGCAAACACACUCGUCGUUAAAUUCCAUAUCCAUAGAACUGCGUGCAGAUCUGCGUUAAUUUACUAAUCAGGAAACAAUCAUUUAAAGGGAUCUUUUCACGCUUUGGUAAAUUGACAAAAUUGAAAAAAGUUGUUUCAGAUUCGCAAAUUUUCGUUUUAGUUAUGAUAUUUGUGAGGAAACAGUAAUACUGAACAUUUACCAUGGUCUAAUAUAGCCAUUAUAUGCAUCUUUUGACGAUUUUAAAACCUAAAAAUUAUAAAGCGUUGCAACGCGAAACGAUUGAAUAAUUUGGAGAGUUCUGUUUUUGUCGUUACAUUUUGUGAAACUACGAAGAUUGCUUAUAUAAGGUAUAAAAAACGUUUAGUAUUUGUACACGGCGGAAUAGCUCAGUAGGAUAAAGCGUUUUUACUUCAGGACUCCAGGGGUCACUGGUUCGAAACCUGGUCCGGGCAAUGUUCUUUUCCUUUUUUUAAUUUUAUUCUUGAUUUUUUACUGGAGCUUUUACGAUCCAAUGUUUACAUUUAUCGAUAUUAAGCAUUUAAUGAAUAAGUUAAAAAAUGCCAAAAUCUGUGAAAAGGCCCCUUUAACGCAAUCCCUUAAAAUUUCUUGGUCACUUUUAAUAAAACUUAAAACAUUUAUAAUGCCUAAAUAUGGUUUAUCAUGGUCGAUAAUCAUCUUCCCUAUUGAACAACAGUUCGACUGUAUGAAUGCGUGUUGUUUGAACCUAUUUUGAGCUGAACUGUUAAAACUACUGUUUACAAAAUUCUAUAAUUAUCAAGGGAAAUUACACGUAUUCGCUUAUUAAAUUUGAAAUGUUAAGACAAAAAAGCAAACGUACAUUUUGUCAACGAAGUUAAAACAGAUACGGCCUUUAAAUGCUUAACCACUCACGCAUGUGAAUGCGUCGCAAAAACAAAUUAUUGUGUUUAUAUUAUGUAGCGGCUGGUAUGAAAAUAAUAUGAUGUGUCAAUAAAUUAUUGAUAUUUCCGAAAAUAAUACGAAUUUUCUUGGAAAUCUGUGAGAUGAUUAAAAUGAUUACAAGCUUUGCACGCGAUAAAAGAAAUGAUGUUUCUAUGCAUUUAAUGUUCGAUUCAACUUUGACUCUUGAACAAACGUUUGAUUGUGUCAUUAUGUCUUUUACGUUAAUAAUUAUGUAUUUUGUGUUUUGCAUGAUUAUUUGGAACAGUGUUAAAUAAUUCAAAAUAAUCAAACUAUUUAUAUAAA